AUGAUCGGAUUGGUGUGGUCGCUGGUUUCGUCAGUGGUGGAAACAGCUCGAAGGCGGAGGUUGGCUGCUUUCUUGGCCGACUUCCUCGCUCAUGUCAGCAAUGACGGGCUGAUGCUCGUCUGUAGACACAUACCAUCAGUUACAUCAGCGUCUUCAUCGAAUGGACUAUCACGAUACUCUAGUGAUCCACAAAUUUCCACUGUAAGUAACAACCGAUCGGUACUGUAUAGAAACGAGCGAACCGAAGUCGUCACUGAAAAAGCUGAGCCGUUGAAAACAUCGCAAUGGCGAUUUGCAAAGGGCAGUGUCGUACCUCCAACAGCAGCCGACAGCACUGUGUUCUUCAUCGCUCAACGGACAUCUGCCAACGAAUCGAAUCCCACUGCCAGGCUCACUGCCUUUGAUGCCGUUCCAUAUUGCAGCAUUUUUUUAGAUUCGAGCUGUGAGAGGAUUGGCUGGCAUCGAUUCGCAAACGCUACCCUCUACUCCUGUCCUCUGGAGCGGUUCGUCGACGUUGUCUACGCUUUCUCUGAAGGGGCUCUUUUCGACAACAUCACAGACGCGCGGUUGGUCGACAGUGUUAAUACUGUUUCGAUACCGUACAGUGAGAUUUCCGAUAGUAUCAUCAGGGCAGAUUCACCACUCGCUCAGUCACUAACUAAUUUGAAUCAGCGGCCGCUGACGCUGUUGGAGCAACUGUACCGGGGUGACAGUAGACCCUGGCCGCAACAGUUCAUCAGCGAAACUGCUCUUCACGUUAUUGGUCAACGUCCAUUCGAUUCGAUUCCCAGACAGUACUACAAGGAACUACAAUUCUUCCGGUAUGCCUGUCGCGUACCUGCAGAGCCACUGCACUAUCUGUUCAAAAGCUCACUCGGACAACUUCACAUGGCAGAAAUACCCGGUUAUGUUUGGGCGUUGCGGGCUACUCGAUCAGACCGAUUUCCAAAUCGAGCCGGGAAAUUAACUCGUGAACGAUUGAGGCCAACAGUCACCAUUUCUGGACCUGAUAGCAAUCAAUGGUGGAUUGGGUUGGAAAUUUCCGUCAUAAUGCGAAAUGCGCCCCUGAAUGCAUAG